UUUCCAUGGCAACUUCUGGCUCCUGCUCUCUUCUUGUCUUCUUUUUAUGCACACUUUGUGCCUUCAUCACUAAUGGAACUAGAGCAAAUUCAAAUUGGCAACCUCAUUAUUACAAGAGAGACAAAGCUACACAAAACUGGCUAAACCAUGGUGGUGAUUUACAAAAUAGAAGAUAUGCAAAUAAAGAGACCAAAAUCAACCCUAAAACUGCUUCCAAGCUAGGUUUAAAAUGGAAAUUUUUGGCAGGUGGAGACAUUUCAGCAACACCAGCAAUUUUUAAUGGAACCCUCUAUUUUCCAAGUUGGAAUGGUUACAUUUAUGCAGUUAAAGCAUUUGAUGGAAGUCUUAUUUGGAAAAAGAAUUUGCAAAAUCUUUCUGGGGUUAUUGCACCAAGCUUUUUGUCCUUGUUGAAUGUGAACUCUACUGCUUCAAGAUCAACACCUACAGUUGUAGCAGAUGCUGACUUGCUUAUAUUUGGAACUUAUGGGCCAGCGGUUGUUGUUGCUGUUAAAAGAUCAACAGGAGACUUCGUUUGGGCUACUCAGGUUGAAACCCAUUUGGCUAGUGUUAUCACCAUGUCUGGAACUUACUACAAAGGGAGCUACUACAUUGGAGCAUCAUCAAUAGAGGAAGGUGCAUCAAUUGCUCAAUGUUGCACAUUCAGGGGCAGUUUCAUAAAACUAGACCCAAAAACAGGCAAAAUACUAUGGAAAACCUACAUGUUACCAGACAACUUUAACAAAACUGGAAAUUAUUCUGGAGCAGCUGUGUGGGGAAGCAGUCCAUCAAUCGACAAACAUAGGAACCUCGUUUUUAUUGCAACUGGUAAUUUAUACUCAGUUCCUCAACAUGUUCGUGAAUGCCAAGAGAAAGAAAAUAAUGCAACCAAGCCUACUCAUUUGGACCAGUGUUUGGGUCCCGAUAUCCAUUCAGAAUCUAUCUUGGCCCUUGAUUUAGAUUCUGGAAAGAUUAAAUGGUCUCAUCAGCUUGGUGGUUAUGAUGUGUGGUUUGUAGCUUGCAGUAUUAUAAAUUUUACAUCUCCUGAUUGUCCAAUUCCUGGACCUAACCCUGAUGCUGAUUUUGGAGAAGCACCGAUGAUGUUAAACAUAAAGGUCAAUGGAAGUAGGAAAGAUGUUGUUGUUGCUGUUCAAAAAAGUGGGUUUGCUUGGGCUUUGGAUCGUGAUGAUGGCAACCUCAUUUGGUCCACGGAAGCAGGACCUGGUGGCAUUGGUGGUGGUGGUACCUGGGGAGCAGCCACUGACAAAAAGAGGAUUUACACUAACAUUGUGAAUUCUGAUGGUAAGAAUUUCACUUUAAAACCAUCAAACAAGACAACAAAUAGUGGUGGAUGGGUGGCAAUGAAUGCCCAUAAUGGCAAAGUUCUAUGGUCUGUACCAGAUCCUAGCAAUGCUUGGGCAUUUGGCCCUGUUACUAUUGCUAAUGGUGUCCUCUUUGCUGGCUCAACAUUUAGAGAAGGACCCAUAUAUGCAAUUGAUGCCAAGACAGGAAAAAUUCUAUGGCGGAAUCACACUGGAGCCACCAUUUUCGGUGGUGCUUCGGUGAGCGAUGGAUGUAUAUAUUUUGGGCAUGGAUAUAAGGUAAGCACUGGAACUGCAAAUCCAUUAUUCACUAGAGGGAAAUCACUGUUUGCAUUUUGUGUCACUUAGUGCUUUUUUCCUUAUGAUGGAAAUAUUAGACAAGAACUGAACUGAAUAUGUACUUUGAGUUUAUGUAUGUUUAUUUUCUUGUAAUAAUUUCUGUUGUCAAACUGAUAAUAUUAAUUUUAUUUUUAUCGUUA